GUCACAAGCCACGGAACCCAACAAGCUCGGCCUUCUUCUCAUCACCUCGUUGAUCUCCCCGCCGCCAUCUCCGAUAGGGUUUUCCGCACCGAGCUGGCGCCGCCUCCCGCUGAUCAGUGGAGCGGGGCGUGAGCAGAGGAGAGAGGCGGCCCGCCCCUUGGCCUUCUCCUCCCCGUCCUAAAACCGUAACCCUAACUCCACCCACGAAGCUCAGCUCUCUGGCCGGCGGCGGGGGCGAUGAGGGCGAUAACCGGCGCCGUCGUCUCCUCCAAGCCCUGCUCCCUUGCCAAGGCCGCCCGCAUCCUUGCCCUCUUCGCCGACUCUGCCGCCUCCCACCUACCCUCCUCCGACUGCGCCACCUACCUCCGCACGGCCGCCGACGCCACCACCCACCACCACCUCUUCCGCCGCGACCUCCGCUCCAGUUACCAGCAUGGCGCCAACAACCUCGAUGCCCACGACUACGAGGUCCUGGAGAGCGAGAGAAAGAACCAAGACGGGGGGAGGAAUAGGGACACGGCGGUUCCCGCUGGUGGUACCCACGAUUCCGCCGCGGAAACGGAACUAGAGAUUGCUUCCGGUGAGAAGAAGAUCAAGAAGAGGAAGAAGAGGAAGAAGAAAGAGGAUCCUCACGAGGAUAUACCUGUUCCUGGCGUCGCCUCGCACAGUACCGCAUCACAUUGGAAUAAGGAAAUCGUCAGCGAUGUGAAGCAGGAGGCUGGUUUAGUGGCGGAAGAAGAAUUGGGGAGUGAAAAGAAGAAGGGUAAGAAGAAAAAGGAGAAGGAUCAUGUAAAACUGGAAGAGGACGUGGUGGAUGUGAAGGAGGCGAAGGGACAAAUAGUAAAUAAUGGUGCGGCGGAACAAGGAAUCGCCGUUGGGGAGAAGAAAAGGAAGAAAAAGAGGUAUGCAGAAGAGGAAGGGGACACAAAAGAUGUGAAGGAGAAGAAUGAAAAAAUGGUCACUGAUGGUGAUCUGGACAAUGAUAAGAAGAGGAAAAAGAAGAGGGGGAGGGGUGACCAUGAUGAUAAUGGUCAAGAGCAAGCAGAGCAUACAAAGAAGAAGCAAAGGAAGCAAUCCUGAGAUUAGGUUUAGGAGAAUCCUUACCGAUUGCCUGAUUGGAGAUUUAUGGGAUUUUGUGCGCGGUGAGGUUGUUCUUGAAAGCUGUAUUUUAGGCUUCAUUUGUUAGCAAGGUGGCAAGUAGCAUGCGAAGGCGUUGAUUUGCGAGCUGCCAUGUAUGGAUAAACAUUGGGGAGGAGCUCUCUUGCGUGGUGACAAACUAUGCUGUGGGUAGCCGGCGCCCGGCGCCACAUACGGCCAUCUGACCCUGCGAGACGGGGAUGGACGCUGGUUGGGCAUCAUCGACGGCGGCGACGACAGCUCCUCCUACUCCGAUGCCUCCGUGUUCGUGUCGUGGCGGCUGACGGUUCACCAGCGUCGUGAUCAUGGCUAAGCAGUAAGGACCAUGAUGCCUUCUGCCUCUGGUCGUCGGUGCUGACAGAGUGCUUGAUGGUAUCUGUGACUCGACAGGGCCGGGGCGGCGGCGGCAGCUGGCAGAAGGGUAUCGGCUAGGGAUGUACCUCUCGCCGUGGACCGUCGUGUACAAUGUGCAUUACAUGGGCCAGACGACGGAACUGCUCACCAGGACUGAUCGCAGCCGGUCGAUUGGCGUUUGAAUAGCACAACUGAAUAGCACUGAAGCUAGCUAUCCGAUUAAGAAUUCGCUGCAGACGGGCAUUGGUUAAAGAAGGCCACGUGCACAGUUGAAGAAACUCGAACCCCGUUGCAAUUGGAUCAGCAAACCAAGACGUGUAAUCUAGUCCAGAUUUGCCUUGCAUAUGGGGUGUGUUAAUCCAGAUUUGGACCGCUAAUCUUCAGGCCUCUGGGAAACCAGAUAUAAGUAUGAACUAAACGACACCCUUGUUUCCAACGAUUGUCCCAGAGCAAAUAGGCUCAAGUUAGGCUCACAUGAGAAAAAAUUUUGAUGUUCGAUAUUCAAAUGACAGGUAAGAUAGUUCGUUUUCAGGAGAUGAAAACAUUUUG